UCCCAGUGUUACAAAAAGCCCACAUUUUCUUCCUAGCAAAUGAUCAAUUCCUCCGGAAAAUCUGUCCAUCUAUGCAACAUGGAUAAGUUUUCCUCACUCAUGGAAACUCAUCUGCUGCUCAUCUUAGUAUGCAUUCCUCUGGGCAGGUCCUUGACGGUGACCGUGCCCGAUUCCAGCUCGCCAUCAGCCCUAGUCGACGGCCCACAAACUGCAUUCACCGUGAACAACAAUGGUGCUCGGACAGAUAUCCGCGAACAAGAAGCAGUUUACGACAUCAUGCGAGCCACCGGGAAUGAUUGGGCCACCGAUAUACCGGACAUUUGUCGCGGCCGGUGGCACGGGAUCGAGUGCAUGCCGGACAAAGACAAUGUGUAUCAUGUAGUGUCCCUUUCCUUCGGUGCGUUGUCUGAUGAUACUGCAUUUCCAACUUGUGACAUAGCCAAAUCCUUCAUUUCACCUUCCAUCACAAAACUCCCACACCUGAGGACUUUGUUCUUCUAUCGCUGUCUUACUAACAAUCCUCAGCCCAUCCCAUCAUUUUUGGGCCGGUUGGGAAAAAGCCUACAGACUCUGGUCCUAAGGGAGAAUGGCCUUGUUGGGCCCAUCCCAAAUGAGUUGGGAAAUCUCACCCGUUUGAAAGUGCUUGAUCUUCACAAGAAUGAGUUAAACGGUUCGAUACCCGGUUCACUUGGCCGGAUCACCGGUCUAAGGUCGUUGGAUUUGAGUGGAAACCAACUCAGCGGUCUGAUUCCUGACCUAAGCUUCCCUCAAUUGAAUGUGCUAGACCUCAACCAAAAUCAUCUUGUCGGUUCAAUUCCCACCACUCUCAUGAAUUGUCCUUCGCUGAUAAAAUUGGACAUGAGCCGUAAUUGCCUAUCCGGUCCAAUCCCUGAGUCAAUCAGCGGUCUAGAGAACCUAAUUCUCUUAGACUUGGGCUACAAUAGUCUCGCCGGUCCACUUCCAGCGUCCCUGAAAGAAUUGAAUUUCCUUCAAGCUUUGAUACUCAACGGCAACCCGACCAUGUCCACCACAAUCCCAAGCUCCAUAUUUGAUGGUCUGAAGGACUUAGUGGUUCUAAUAUUAUCCGAAAACAAUUUGCAGGGAAUAAUACCCGAGUCACUCGGCCGGUUGAGAAAGAUUCGAGUUAUCCAUCUUGAUGGGAAUAAGUUGAAUGGUUCAAUUCCAGCGAGUUUUGGGGACCUGAAUGACCUCAGUGAGCUAAGGCUAGACAAUAAUUUGUUAAUGGGACCUGUCCCAUUUAAUAGAGACAUGGUUUGGAGGAUGAGAAGAAAAUUGAGGCUCAACAAUAACUCCGGUCUAUGUUAUGAUACGAAAAGUGGGCUUGGAGAUGAUCUUGCUGCACAAUCUGAUUCGGUCAUUGGAAUUUGUGAGGCAUCCAAAUAUGGAAUGGUAACAAAAACCGUCCGACAUAUUUCUACUAUUGAUGGAACAGAGUUGGGGCUGUUAGGUACCAAAUCAGCUGGUAGAGUUCAGAAGCCUGCAGUCGCUUGUUUCAUGCUGCUACAACUUGCGAAUUUUCUUCUGUUUGCUGUUUAUGUAAUGUGACACUUUGGAGGGGAAAGCUAGGGAGGUGUAUAAAGUUAAUACCAGCGUUAUUAAUCUAAAUGGUCAGUAUAUAUCUAAAUGUUUCUAGA